CUUGAUUGUUCAUGUAUUCCCGAUCUUCUCCUCAACAUUACAGAGACAAACAUUAACCCAAUAAUAUAGGUUGAUGGGAUAUGGUAAUGCAGUGAUUUUAAUAGAACAUAGAAGUAAAGAGAGGAAGUCAGAUGUCUAAAGAGGAUUGGUUUUAAUAAAGUUUAAACAGGAUACUUAUUAAUCACCAUAUAAUUACAUUUUCUAUGGCUUAAUAUCAACAUUACUUCACCAAAGGAGCAAAUAUCAGCUGAACUUACAGUCAGAAUUGAUUCCACAAAACAAUGAGGAUCAUUAUCUCUUUACAAAGUUUCAUUGGCUACUGUAUAUGACGACAAGUUUCUUCGAAUACCUAACAAUGAUAUCUAUGUUAUAUCGAAAAAUGGAAUGACAUGUCAAAUGAGCAUUAUUUAAUUUUGGAAAAGUAGAACAAUAUUUCAAUAUGGCACACAAUGGAACCAUUAGUGACACGAACCAAUUGUCUUUUCAAGAAAUGAUGAUGAAUGAAAUUUGGCAAAACUAUUUGAGAUGUAAUAAAACUGUUCUUCAUAAGACAUAUCCGUUAGAUGGGUAUCUGUAUUGCAAUUCUACAUUUGAUGGAUAUGAUUGUUGGGACUAUGCAAGAGCAGGAACAAGAACCUAUAGUCAAUGUCCAGACUUCAUGAAACAUCAUUUUGGUCAUCAUGUAGGCUUGCCAUAUAAGGACUGUAACAUUGAUGGUACUUGGUAUAGACAUCCGGACACUGAUAGAGUAUGGACAAAUUAUUCCCCAUGUUCGGAUACAGAGAAAGUUAGGAGAGCAGAAAACGUGCUGUUUGUUUACUUCAGUGGUUAUAGUUUGUCUGUCGUAUGUCUGGUCAUAUCUUUAUUGAUAUUUACUUGCUUCAGACAGCUAAAAUGUACCAGAGUGACAAUACAUAAGCAUUUGUUUAUAUCCUACAUCAUUACAGCUCUUCUGUGGAUAUCUUAUUAUGCUACAAGUUCCUUCGAUCCUCAAGUUACAAUAAAUAACCCGGUUUGGUGUCGGAUUUUACACGUCCUGGCCCAGUAUGCAACAGUGUGUAAUUAUGCCUGGAUGUUCUGUGAAGGAUUUUACCUACAUACCAUAUUAGUUAUGACGUUCACCAGAGAAAAGAUACUAUUAAUAAUAUGUUAUUUAACUGGAUGGGGCAUACCAUUGAUUCCAAGUGCAAUAUAUUCAGGUUUGAGAUCAUCUAACCCUGUGAUUGAUAAGAAUUGCUGGCACAAAGAUACAUACCUGAAAUAUAUUUUCUCUGGUCCAAUUGCAGUUUCACUUAUUGUGAAUUUUAUUUUCCUAAUUAAUGUGCUGAGAAUUUUGUGCUCAAAAGUCAGAUCUAUGAACCAGCAAGAGUCUAAUCCAAUCAGACAGUCAUUGAGAGCUACAUUGAUUUUAAUCCCCUUGUUAGGGGUUCAGUGUUUUGCAAUACCACUGCGACCCGAUGAAAGUGAUGAGUAUGGACAAUAUAUUUAUGAUAUGAUCUCAGCUUUUCUAGCAUCAUUCCAGGGCUUUCUGGUGUCAUUGUUGUUUUGCUUUUUAAAUGGAGAGGUAUUAUUUUUGAUGAAAAAUCAAUAUGUUCUGGUUCGUCGACGUAUGAGUCGUACAGAGACGACAGGGAAAAGUUUCAUUUAUUCGGCCGUUCAGCAAGCAGACGCAAAUGCAAAUAGAAAAAAGUCGAUUCAGUUGGCAAACCAAAAAAUAUAUUGCAAACCUGAAUUUACUGGAACAACUCAACCACAACAUUCAGAGGAUCAUCAUUAUAUUUUGGACCAGACAACAGAUGUGUGAAAUUAUUUAUAAUAAGUGCCUGUAAAGCAGGAUAAACUACAACAAGGAAUGAUAGUUCUACGCUUUACACAUAUGUACAAAACAAGACCGUAUAUCAAUAGAACAAUAUAUAUCUGCAUAUGACAUAUGGCAGAUGCAUAGAUACAUAAACAUUUGUCUUAUAUCGAGUUUGUAUACUGCUGAAACUCCGUCCAUAUACCUACUAUAGACGAUAAAACUGUAUCGUUAAUAUUAUGAACUUGAGAUAAUUCAUGAAUACAAGGUGUGUUGGAUUUUGCUUCAUGAUUUUCCUUUUGUAAUAUUUAUUUUUCCGUGCAAAAAAUAAGAAAUGUGUAAAG